AUGAGUGCAGACGUGCUUGGACCGGUGAGAGUGGCAGGACCCAAGGGCGAGCGCUAUGGCAUUGUGUUCACCUACCAGUACCCGAAGCAACACUUAGCACCAGAAGAUCUUCCAGUACCAGAGGAAGAGCUCGAUGGAUGGAACUUGGAUGCUAAGGACCCCAGUCAGAAACAGGAGGAGUUCUCAGAGGAUAUGAAGGACUACGAGCCGGAUGAGGAUGAGGCCCCUGAGUUGACUGCAGAGGAGCUAAGGGAACUUCAGAGAGUUCGCGGUGAAGUACCAGAAAUGGAGGAAAUCUCGGAGCUCUUUGAGAUCCGCAAGUUCAGGAAGAAGCCGGGACUCAACAAGGAACCAAAGGAGGACUGGUGGGAGUUCAGAGAAGCAACGGGUGUACUUGUACGGCAUCACGAGGCACCGCGCACGUCAUUGUUCAGGCCUACGUCGUGGAACGGAUGUCCAGUGCAUCCGGCGAAGCUGGAACCAACUCGGGUCACGCAGAUCAGCUACGUCGGUGGUGGAGUGGAAAUGGAGACUUCGGAUUGGCAGGGACCACAGUCGGGGUCCCGGAAGCUCUCAAGGUCUUGGACGGGAAGGUCCACAUUCCGGAUAUCACCAGCGGAGGAACCCGAGGACGAGGAGCUCUUGAAGAAAGAUGAAGAGUACUGGGAAAAGAUCAUCGGGGAUCUCACGCAACCAGUGGAGAUGGACACGAUCUACAUGGUGUAUCCGGUGAGAGCGCGACGUGGAGGAGAUGCACUGCUGGCUAUACAAGAAGCAGUGUUGAGGUUGAAGCUUUGGGGACUCCCAGUGGCUAGACUACACACAGAUAGGGGGUCGGAGUUUGCCUCGAAGGGACUUCGACGAUGGCUGCUGGAUCGGGAUAUAUUUCAUACCCGAUCAGAGUCAUUGGUACCCCAAACCAAUGGAGCUGCCGAACGUGGAGUGAGAUGGUUCAAAACAAGGGCCAAGGUUCUUCUGGCUGAAGCCAAGGUCAACACCAAGUACUGGACUUUGGCGAUGCAGCACGCAGCCAACAGGAGAAUAUAUGACCGUUUGGGUUUGACGAAGCCAGCAUUGUUGCCUUUUGGUUCCACAGUGAUGAUCCGGAGGAAGGUGUUUGGCAACAACAAGAAGUACGACCUCACGGACCGGUGGGAGCAGGGCAAGUACCUUGGGUUGUCGGACUCGACCAAGGGAGGAGCCGUGGUUCUGAGACCGAGUGGGAUUCUUACCGAGACCCUCAACCUCAGGACGGAUGUUGUGGAUCCUCGGCGACUUCUACAGGAGGAGGAAACAGGCUCAGUUGCUGGGGGAAUAGGAGAGUUGGCCUUUGAGGAGCCGGUGAUUGAUCUACCUGAACCAGAUCAUCGUUUGAAGGGGAAGCAGGCGCCGCCAGAAAUGAGGAAGGUUGGUGAAGUUUCGCAAGAACCUACAGCGCGCAAACCUACGGGUUGGACUAUGAGGCGAAUCCUAAAAGUUCAGGAGGAGAAGGCCAAGCAGCUGUACGACAUGGGGAAGUUCAAUGCGGAGGACUGUGCCGCCCUGCUUGAGGACCUGGACUUGACUGGGAAAAUGAGAACCAGGACCAGAGGACAGCAGACUUCGUCUAUGAUCCUGGGCGCCUACGUCCACGGCGGUAUGAGGGGGAUCACUACGGCUUCGAGAAAACGACCCUGGCUCACCAAGUAUUUGAACAUGGUGCUCCGGAUGAGGACAGCUGAGAGCCUGGAGGAGGAAUGCCAUUGGACAACGCUGGGAAUCUUCAGGGCUGCAGAGAUUCCGCCCCAUAGAGAUUUGAGGAAGCAGCCGAAUACCCGGAACUACGUCACCGAGAUCGGGAGUCAAGAGGGUGGAGGACUGUGGGUGGAACGUACAGAUGGGGAAGUGGGCUUCGUCAGCAGAGAACGUGGAACUCCCUAUCAAAGAGAACUACCUGACGGUACAACGAUGGAUGGAGAUAUCGUGAGAACCACUUCCACAGCGGUGUCCUUUGAUCCCAAGAAGGUGCACUCUUACAUGAACAGGGAGACAGAAAGAUGGGUGUUGGCUGGGUUUACUCCUUUGGGUGUGGAUAAGUUGAAGGCUGAGACUGUUCAACAUCUACUUCAUGGAGGUUUUCCAUUGGAAGGUUCUGAUGUUCCGUUGGGAGAAUUGACACAACUCAGUGAUGAGUGGGAAGGUAGUGAUGUGGACUCAGAGAUUGCCUCAUCAAGCGAGGAAGAUGAGGAGGUUGAAGAGAAAGAGCAGCAAAAUGGAAAGACCAACGGGUUUCAGACCUACGUGGAGAAGAUGUAUGAGGACUACAGCAACGACAUGCUCCAUAAGCAGGAAGCAAUGCUGCGGAAGAUCCUGAAGGUGAACCUUGGAGAAUCUCGGGAAGUUGAAGUAGAGGCCCUUUUGGAGGCUUUGCAAGAACCUCUGGAAAUGGUUCACAACGUGAGUCUACCUGAGAUGAAGAAGUACCUCAGCAGGUGGAAGCCAGCUAUAGCCAAGGAAGUCAGUGGGACUGUGCGAAAGAUCGGGCCAGAAGAGGCUCGAAGGCUCAAAGCCGAAGGACUAAUGGUCCUCCCCGGAAAGGGGGUUUUUACAGCGAAGCCUCCAACAGACAAGAUGGACACCAAAGCCGGAUACUUCAGGAGGAAGUGUAGGAUUGUGGCAUGCGGUAACUACAUUCCCCAGGAUGGCAUGGCGGUCUACGCAUCAGGUACUACAGCCGACUCCUUUCGGUUUGCCGUUGCCUACGCGAUCUACCGACGCUGGACUGCAGGAGGGACUGAUGUGUCCAACGCCUUCACCCUGGCUCCCAUGCCAGGGGAUAAGUUGUACGCACUGCAACCUCCGGCGGUGGUGGUCAUGGCACAGGAAGCUCUCCAAGGAGAGCUAUGGCUAAUAGAGCGAGUGCUCUACGGCCUGAGAGAAGCCCCCAGACUAUGGGGGGGAUUUCGUGACGGCCGUUUCAGGGAGGCAAAGAUCCAACAUGAAGACCGAGUGUUGACGCAACAGUGCCUGGAGACGGAUGAGAAUGUGUGGCUCAUUAAGUACCAGGGGGAACCCGAAGUACAGGGGGUGAUGCUGGUUUAUGUCGAUGACAUUUUGUUCCUGAGUACUUGUGCCAUCGUCCAGAGCAUGUACGCUUGGUUGGUCAGUGAAUGGAAGUGUACGUCCUUGGAGAUGCUGAACGAUGGCUUUAUAAGGUUCCUGGGCAUGGAGUUGAGGAACUACCAGGACGGCAUCCACAUCUCUCAGGCAGGAUAUGUUCGUGAUCUACUACGUCAAGGCGGAGUUCAAGAACAGUCAAAGGGUCUUACAGUGCCGUGCGCCCGGGAAUGGUUGCAGGACGAUGAUUCAGAUGAUGAAAGGGAGGUUGCGGACCCAGCACUGAUCAAGAUAGCCCAGAAGGCGACGGGGGAACUAUUGUGGCUCAGCACGCGGAGCCGACCGGAGUUGGCCCACAGCGUGGCGUGCAUGGCGGCCAAAGCCCUCAACAAGCCCCGGAGAAGCAUCGAGAUCCACAAACGAGUCAUGCAGUACCUUUCCAGGACAGCGGACUACGGCAUGUACUAUUUCCAUGACCCAGAGGAGCCGCUGUUGGCGGUUUAUUCUGAUGCCAGCUUCGCGCCAGGAGGAGGAAGGUCCUUUGGUUGCAUAAUGGCACAGCUGGGUGGAAUGACUAUAGCAUGGCGGGCGAGCAAGCAGCCUAUCAUUUCCCUCAGCGUAGCAGAAGCAGAGCUCUACGAAGGGGUGUCAGCAGUACAGCUUGGAUUGGAAAUAGAAGCGCUGCUCAAGGAGCUGCAAGAGGAGCCAGUUAUGGUUUUGAGAAUCGACAAUCAAGCUGCUCAAGGGUUGGCAAGCGAGAGUCCAGGUUCCUGGAAAACCCGCCAUUUGCGGGUAAGGGCGCGGUUCCUGAGACAGGAGACACUCGCAAAGCGAUUGCUUAUCAUCCACGUUCCGGGUGGGAAACAAAGGGCAGACCUCGGCACAAAGGCUUUCGACCUACCAAGGUUUCGCGUGCUGUUGGGCUUGUGGAACAUGGUUCCAUGGGUUGAGACUGCGAACACGGCGGUGAAGACGGUUUCUACUCUUACGUCUAAGAAGGCCCUCUUGUUUGUGAUGAUUUGUUUGAUGCUCGUAAAGGGGGUCCAAGGACACAAGGAAGCGUUACCGCUGGAUGGAUCGGUUGAGUUCUACUUCAUUGUGGUGGUGCUAGUGAUCGCGGCGGCGACAACGGGCCGAACGACUCCGGACCCGCACCGAGAACGCGGUGCAGGAGGAGCUGAGGCGCCGAGAGAUCGAGCUUACCUCUCCAUCGCCUACGAAACGGGCUACCACGAGACGAUCUACUUCUUCGACAAUGAGUCCAGCGCCGAGGACACCUUUGAGGAGCUCAUAUGUUGA